AUGGAUAUCGCGGCGGCAGUGAGCCAGAGAUGCGCAGCGAGAGAGCCGCGGCAGUGGAGCCAGGCGGCCCACGCGAGUGCAGGCGAGCCGAGGCGCAGUGAGAGCUGCAGCAGCGCAGAGUUGCGAGUGGCAGGUCGCGCAGCAGGGAGAGUGCAGCAGCCGCAGGCAAGAGAGCUGCAGAGCUGCAGUGGCAGGGAAAGCCAGAGGGCAGGAGAGAGCUGGCAGUUGGUAUAUGCAGCAGAGCCGCAGAAAGCCAGAGAGGCAGAGCUGCAGUAUGCAGUGAAAGCCAGACGGCAGCGAGAGCCAGCAGCAGUGAAAGCCAGGAGAGCGCAGCUGGAAGCCAGAUGCAGAGCCGCGGCAGUUAAGCCAGGCGCAGCCGCAGCGGCAGUGAGCCAGAGAGCAGCAGUGAGCCAGGCGCAGAGAGCCGCACGCACAGAGCCAGGAGCGCAGCACAGCCGAGCGCAGCGUCAGGCGCAGGCAGAGGCAGCGAGCAGGCGCAGAGUCACAGAACAGCCAGACGCAGCAGAGCCAAAGGCAAAGCUGGAGGGCAGCAGAGCUGAUGAGCCAGAGCCUAGCGCAGGGGCAGUGAGACCACGCGGCAGUGAGAUGACGCCAGUGAGCAUGCUGAAAACAGCAGGCGAGACGCGAGCAGAGAGCCGCGACGGCAGAGCACUGAGAGAGCCCAGUGGCAAAAGCCGCAGCGGUAGCGAGCAGAGGCGACAGAAAGGGGAGUUAGCAGAUGCACUGAGCAGAGAGCUGGGCAGAAACGAGCGCAUUAGAGCUGGAGUCAGAGAGCAGAGAAAGGAAAGGAGGCAGUGGGAGGGCAGUAAGAGCCUAGAGAGUUGCAGAGCCAAAGGAGAGUCAGAGCUACAGGAAGAGCCAGUCAGAGUAGAGGCAGAGAGCUGCAGUGGUAGUGAAAGCCAGAGGCCGCAGAAAGCAGUGGUAGUGAGCCAGAGAGGUAGUGAGAGAGCUGCAGUCAGGAGGGCAGAGCCAUGCAGUGAGACAGCUGCAGGCAGUGAGCAAGAGGGCACAGAGAGCUGCAGUGGCGGGCGAGAUGCAGGCAGGAGCCAGGAGGCAGAGCCUCAAAUGCAGAAAGAGAAAGAGAUGCAGAACUCAAAGUGCAGUAGCAGGACUAAGAAAGAGCAAUCAACAGCAGCAGUGAGCCAGAGAGCGCAGAGCAUGCAGCGAGCAAGGAGUGCAGUAGAAAGCCGCAGAGGCAGUUAA